UCACCCAAAAACCACCCGGAAAACUUGGCAUUCGGUGCAUCAACCAGAUCUCCUGGUAGUCGUAGGGUGAUUGUAACCCGGUCUCGGGUGCACAGUGCUGGAGGCUGCGAAAAUUAGACUUCUUGGUGAGUUAUCUUGAACGCACAAAGGUCGAGCAUGCGAUACGCGCGUAGAAGACGAGGAGCUUUCGGAAGUACCAGCCCUUUGAGUACUGCUCGUAAAAGAGCGCUGUACAUCGCCCAUAUUGCCGCCGCCGUCGACGACGCUGCUCGCGUUGCUGUUGGCUCUCCGACUGGCUCGCGCAUCGCAUACUCGGGCACGGCCUCGCGCUCGUCUGUCGGUUCGGAUGGCGAGGUUGACGAGUCCAAACGUGGGCUACAAGCGCCUUCGCGCUCAGAGUACGCUGUCGGUGCUGCUUCUGCAGUAGAAGCAGACCUUGAUGCGGAGGAUGCGGAAGGCCAAGACGAAGGUGACGAACUACUUGCUGCGAUAGAAACCUGCCAUCGCACGAGGAAGGUGACAUUUCCUGUGCUGUAA